GUGCCUCAAAUCAUCAGAGCUCCAGUACUUGUAGCCUUUCUUCCACUGGAGUAAACUGAUGAUCGAAUCAAAGAAUGCUUGUAAGCUGUAGCUAGGUAGCUUCUUGAAUUCUGAUGAAAGAGGCCACUACUCAGUAGAGCAAGCAACAGGUUUUGGAGCCCGCUUCCUCCUCUUCUCAAGUCUCGUCGACGACGCCCUUCGGUUGAGGUCGGAAUUCCGUCGUCGAUGACUUCAAGAACGCUGCGUAAGAGGCUCCACCAUGGAGAUGUUGAUGGAGGUAGGUACGGGGGUUUCGAGACUGCGGAGUUCGAUUCUUUGAACGAGCCAUUGCUCGGAAAUCGAGAUUAUGAUGACAAUAAUCAGUCUGAGGAGCAAUCUCUGACGGGUAUAUUGGAAGAUGAACGAAGGGAGGAACGCCUGCACUGGACUCUGCUUUUUUCGCAUAUAAUUUUGCAGUGGGCGCAAUGGCUAGCUAAUAUUGUCCUCGGAUGUGGGUCCGUGAUUGGAAGAAUUUUACCAUUUACCUCGGGCACGCAAAAUGGCAUAAAGGGGAGUGUCCCACCUGUUUUACUAAGUUCCCUACAGGAAGCAAGGCUGCGACAUCUAAAGCAGAGGUUGGCAAUUCCAUUUGAUGGCACUUUUUUGGAGCAUCAAGAUGCACUUAGACAAUUGUGGAGGUUAGCUUACCCUGAUAGGCCGCUCCCGUCUCUUAAAUCAGAGCUUUGGAAGGAGAUGGGUUGGCAAGGAUCUGAUCCUUCAACAGAUUUCAGGGGUGGAGGAUUCAUAUCGUUGGAGAACCUAAUCUUCUUUGCCAAGACGUAUCCGGACGCAUUUCAGAACUUAUUGCACAAAAGAGAUGGAGACAGGUCUGAGUGGGAGUAUCCAUUUGCUGUUGCUGGCAUCAAUAUUUCAUUUAUGCUUGUGCAAAUGUUAGAUCUUCAUUCAGGGAUGCCUAGCACUAUGGCCGGGCACCAUUUUCUGAAAUUGCUUAACUAUGAUGAGAUGGCUUUUGACAACCUCUUCUGUGUUGCCUUCAAAAUGCUGGACGUGCAGUGGCUUGCAAAACGUGCUUCAUAUAUGGAGUUUAACGAGGUUCUCAAGUCUACAAGAUCACAACUGGAGCGUGAGCUUGCACUGGAAGAUGUAUUGAGUGUGAGAGAUUUACCAGCUUAUAAUCUACUGAAAAGAUAACAUGUCGUACGCAGGUGGUGUAAACGUAAUUUUUAAGCAAAAGAGGGAAUAUUUGUAAUUGCGCCAAACUUCUAUAGGUAUAAAUGUAAUUUCCUUUUCUCGUCUUUGAGAUACACAUUACUCCGAAGUUGUAAACUUACAAGUUAUGAAUC